AUGCCCGAGACAGUAACACUGCACACCUACUUCCGGUCCUCCUGCUCCGCACGACUGCGGAUAGCCCUACAUCUUAAGAACAUCCCGUUCACACCCGUCUACGUGAAUCUCCUGAAAGGCGAGCAGUCAUCCCCAGCCCACCUAUCCAUCAAUCCAUCCGGCACGGUUCCUGCACUUGUCAUCCAGCGCGAUGCUCAAGAGCCUAUCAUAAUCACCCAGUCACUCGCAGCCCUCGAAUACCUCGAUGAAGCAUUCCCAGGUGGUCCAGCACUUAUGCCUCCAGCCUCGGAUCCCGAGGGGCGUGCCAUAGUGCGUACAUUGGCGCAGAUAAUCGGAUGUGAUAUCCAGCCUGUGACGAACCUGAGGAUUCUGAAGCGGGUGGCACCGCUGGGUGCGGAUCGAGCGGAGUGGUCUAAGGAUUUGAUUGAGGAUGGAUUGAGGGCUUAUGAGGCCCUCGUUUCUAAGACUGCUGGCAAGUUUAGCGUUGGGGAUGAGAUUACACUUGCUGAUCUGUGUUUGAUUCCGGCUGCUUGGGGUGCUGAGAGGGUUGGGGUGGAUAUUUUGGAGUUCCCGGUUACGAAUGCUAUUGUGAAACAUUUGGAAGCGGAGGAGGCGGUUAAACUUGGUCAUUGGAAGACUCAGGAUGAUACUCCUGAGGAGCUUCGGUGA